AUGAGUCACAAUGUGUUCAACCGCAUCUCUAGUGACCUUUGUCGCUAUGACCAGUACUUUGUCCAGAAAUCAGAUGCUGCUAAGAAAGUCGAACUACUCCCCCAGCAGAAGCUGACAUGUUCCUUAAGAAUGCUUGCUUAUGGUGCCAGGGCAAAUCAAUGCGCUGAGUAUUGUCGGAUGGCGAAAUCUACCUCCAUUGAGGCUCUGAAACGAUUUACAAGAGGAAUCAUUAAUCUGUACUCGGCAGAAUACCUCCGGACUCCUACUCCGGCCGACCUCAAAAGACUUCUCACCAAAGCUGAGAGAAAAGGGUACUAUCUCGCUGAUGGUAUCUAUCCACAAUGGGUGACUUUCCUGAAAUCAAUUCCAAGGCCUACACGACCCAAGGAUCUAAAGUUUUCCCAGGCUCAGGAGGGGUACAGGAAGGAUGUGGAAAGAUGUUUCAGCAUUUUACAGACGCGCUUUAGUAUUGUUCGAGGAGCGGCUCAUGGCUGGGAUAGAGAAAAGCUUCGAUACAUCAUGUUGACGUGUAUUAUAUUACACAACAUGAUAAUCGAGGAUGAAAGACCAGAUGACAACGAUGAGGAUUUGGAGUCCGAUGAAGAAGAGGAUAACAAUAUGAGGCCCAGGUUGGCCCGGGUUUGGGAAGGACCGACCGGUGAUGACUUCGAUCCCGUUGGUAGAGAUGGUUAUUACUUCAACGGAUUCAUGGAUCGAUAUGAUGCCAUUAGAAGUGCAAACAGUCACUCAAACCUUCAAGAAGAUCUGAUAGAGUAUUUUUGGAACGUUCAAGGCAACAUGGAGAUCUAG